AUGGCGUCUAAGGCGAUUAGCUUGGAGGAAAUAAAGAAAGAGAACAUCGACCUUGAGCGCAUACCAGUUGAUGAAGUAUUUGAACAACUGAAAUGUUCAAGGGAAGGUUUGUCAAGCGAGGAAGGACAAAAGAGGCUCCAAAUCUUUGGUCCAAAUAAACUAGAAGAGAAAAAGGAUAACAAGGUUCUGAAAUUUCUGGGCUUUAUGUGGAAUCCUCUCUCAUGGGUCAUGGAGAUUGCUGCUAUCAUGGCCAUUGUACUGGCUAAUGGAGGGGGAAGGCCCCCGGACUGGCAGGAUUUCGUUGGUAUUGUGGUAUUGCUUUUGAUCAAUUCAACUAUAAGCUUCAUAGAAGAAAACAGUGCUGGGAAUGCUGCAGCUGCACUUAUGGCCGGUCUUGCUCCCAAAACCAAGGUCUUGAGAGAUGGAACAUGGUCUGAGCAAGAGGCUUCAAUCUUAGUCCCUGGAGAUGUGAUCAGCAUCAAGUUGGGAGAUAUUGUUCCAGCAGACGCUCGUCUAUUGGAGGGCGACCCGCUCAAGAUUGAUCAGGCUGCACUGACCGGCGAGUCUUUGCCGGUGAGUAAGAGUCCUGGUGAUGAAGUCUUCUCCGGGUCUACUUGCAAGCAGGGUGAGAUUGAGGCUGUUGUCAUCGCCACCGGCGUCCACACUUUCUUUGGUAAAGCUGCUCAUCUCGUGAACAGCACCAAUCAAGAAGGGCACUUCCAAAAGGUGUUGACAGCCAUUGGAAACUUCUGCAUAUGCUCCAUUGCAAUAGGGAUGGUUAUAGAGAUAGUGGUGAUAUACCCAAUUCAGAACCGGCCAUACAGGAGUGGAAUUGAUAAUCUUUUGGUGCUUCUCAUUGGAGGGAUUCCAAUUGCCAUGCCGACAGUGUUGUCUGUGACAAUGGCCAUUGGCUCACACCGCCUUUCACAGCAAGGUGCUAUCACCAAGAGGAUGACAGCCAUUGAAGAAAUGGCAGGAAUGGAUGUCCUUUGCAGUGACAAGACUGGAACUCUUACUCUCAACAAGCUUACAGUAGACAAGAGCAUGAUUGAGGUAUUCGUGAAGGACAUCGACAAGGACACCAUAAUUUUGUAUGGGGCUAGGGCCUCCAGGUUUGAAAAUCAGGAUGCCAUUGAUACUUGUAUUGUUGGAAUGUUGGGAGACCCCAAAGAGGCCAGAGCAGGAAUCACAGAGGUGCAUUUCUUGCCCUUUAACCCAGUGGAAAAGCGUACAGCCAUAACAUACAUCGACGCGGAGGGAAAUUGGCACAGAAUCAGCAAAGGUGCACCAGACCAGAUCAUUGAGCUCUGCAAUCUUCGUGAAGAUGUAAGUAAGAAAGCUCAUGCCAUCAUUGGUAAGUUUGCCGAUCGUGGACUUCGAUCGCUUGCUGUUGCUAGACAGUCAGUUCCAGAGAGAACCAAGGAGAGCCCGGGAGGACCCUGGCAAUUUUUGGGUCUCUUGCCUCUCUUUGAUCCUCCAAGGCACGACAGUGCAGAGACCAUUCGUCGUGCCCUUGAUCUUGGUGUCAAUGUCAAGAUGAUCACUGGUGACCAGCUAGCCAUCGGCAAGGAGACUGGUCGCAGGCUUGGUAUGGGAACCAACAUGUAUCCCUCUUCAGCCCUCCUCGGCGAGCACAAGGAUGAGUCUAUUGCUGGACUCCCUGUUGACGAGCUUAUAGAGAAGGCAGAUGGCUUUGCCGGAGUGUUCCCAGAGCACAAAUAUGAGAUUGUGAAGAAGCUACAAGAAAGGAAGCAUAUCUGUGGAAUGACUGGAGAUGGUGUGAACGAUGCUCCGGCCUUAAAAAGAGCAGACAUUGGAAUAGCAGUUGCUGAUGCUACUGAUGCUGCACGCAGUGCAUCAGAUAUAGUGCUAACAGAGCCAGGAUUGAGCGUAAUUGUGCAUGCUGUCUUAACAAGCAGAGCCAUUUUCCAGAGAAUGAAAAAUUACACCAUAUAUGCAGUUUCUUUAACCAUCCGUAUUGUGCUGGGUUUUUUGCUCCUUGCUCUUAUCUGGAAGUUCGAUUUCUCACCUUUUAUGGUUCUGGUCAUUGCCAUACUCAACGAUGGAACGAUCAUGACCAUUUCUAAAGACAGAGUGAAGCCAUCUCCUCUCCCAGACUCAUGGAAGCUCAAGGAGAUCUUUACUACUGGCAUAUUCCUUGGCAGCUACCUCGCUGUCAUGACUGUUAUUUUCUUCUGGGCUGCUUACAAAUCAACCUUCUUCACAGUAAAAAUCCCGGACCUUGCUAAAUUAGCACCUUUGACUUCAUCUCUGCAAAAUUAACUAAACUUUGUUAAACAUUUUCAGGAUAAGUUUGGUGUAAGACCUAUAAAUAAUAACGAGCAUGAGCUCACAGCAGCAGUCUACCUCCAAGUAAGUAUUGUAAGUCAGGCACUGAUCUUUGUCACUCGCUCCCGGAGCUGGUCUUUCAUCGAACGCCCUGGUCUUCUGCUUAUCACUGCCUUUUUAAUUGCACAACUGUUGGCAACAAUCAUAGCUGUGUAUGCCAAUUUUGGCUAUGCAAAAGUUAGUGGAAUUGGAUGGGGAUGGGCUGGAGUUAUAUGGCUCUACAGCCUUGUCACCUAUUUUCCAUUGGAUGUUAUCAAAUUCAUGGUCCGAUUUUUUAUGACCGGCAGGCCCUGGGAUACCCUUCUCCAGAAGAAGACUGCUUUCACAACAAAGAAGGAUUACGGUAGGGGAGAACGAGAGGCACAAUGGGCUCUGGCACAACGAACUCUCCAUGGACUGCAGCCUCCAGACAAUGAAAGGAACUACAGGGAGUUGUCUGAGAUUGCUGAACAGGCGAAGAGGCGUGCUGAAGUUGCAAGGCUAAGGGAGCUUCACACACUCAAAGGGCAUGUUGAGUCUGUGGUGAAAUUGAAAGGACUUGACAUUGAUACCAUUCAACAACACUACACUGUUUAAGUGAAAGGAUACAAGAGUUUUAAGAGACAAGACACAAGACAAGAUAAUUACAAGUCCACCCAUGAUUUUAAAGGAAGGUAGAAAGUUUUUGGGAAUAAUCCAACACAAGAGAUUGUUUCUCUGACAAUCCUAGGUUGAGAAAAAUGAUUAUGAAAUUGACAAA